UUGAUCAUGAAUCGUCAUCUUCUCCUCCGCCGUGCUGGCCAAAUUCGCUUCAAGGCAACCAUUCCUCCACGACAACCUCGGGCAGACUUGGCCAGCAUUCCCCAUGCACUUCGAGAACUGCUUCCUCAACGCCAACAACCUGACCCAAAUGCCCCACCAGCUAAACGUCGUGGACUAAUCUUUUACCUCUUGCUCGUCUCUCCGCUGUUUAUAUGGAUGCAAGUCGAGAAAUACUUUGAUCCAAAACCGUUACUUGAGAAGAAACGACAACAAGCAAUACACGACCGGCUCCUCAGUCUUCGGGCCACAAAGGUCACCUCGUUCACCAAUUCAGCUGCCGUAGUAGCAUACCUUCGAAGCUUAUUCGCCGUCAUGCUCCCGCCUGACCUCCACCGUCAUAUGCGAGCUGAUGAAGUCUGUGGCUUGUUGGAGGAGCAAUGUCCUCCAGACCUGCUUGUUUGGCUACAAGAGGUUUGCGCUAUAACAUACCGGCUCUCACAAAUCAGUCAGGAAGAAGACAAGGAGAUAGAGACAGCGGAAAAGAUCGAGGACUCGGCGGAUGCAAUUUUGCGCAGGUGCUAUCAGACAGUCCACCAUCGCUUACGAUGA